GAGUACACCUUGUCCUUUUUUUACGUCCAUGCUUGGCUGAGCGACAAAAAAUUCUACCGCUAAGACAAUGAGCAAACUCAACAGUUUUAUAUUUUUUAAAACAUCUUCGUGAUUAGGAGAAGUGUACAAAAAUAUAAAAAUGUUUAUUUUGAUCAUUAUUUUGUCGGUAGAUUUUUUUUUCGCUAAGCCAAUAGUGGACGUAAAUCAAGGUUUAGGUGUACAAAUUUUACAAACAACCUUCAAAGUGACGACUGGCUCUCUCAGUCGUGUGAGAGCGAAGUGGAGAAUACUCUGAGUCAGCUUGGCCUUACCGAAGACCAGCUACUCAGUAGUUCGCAGGAGAAGAUGGAAAUAUCCUGCCCCUCAACGCCUACCUCCCGGAGCAGCACAUGUUUCGACAAAGCUGAUCCAGAUCUACAACACCCCUCAUCGACCGACUCCAACCUGCUGGACAUGGAAGAUAACGAAGAUGAUGGUAUACGGAUCGUCAUCAACCCCCAAGAAUCUUCAGCAAGUAGCAAAGGAUCCGAAGAUAACAAGGGUUCUACGGAAGCCAAGGGGGCUCCGAGUAAGAAAUUCCCCACACUCACACGUUCGCAGAGGAAGCAGCUUAGAACUCUCCGGGAGAAGGGAAAAGACCGGAAUGAGGCCUUGUCCAUAAUCCUGAAUAAGGAGAGCGAGCCCACUUCCUCAAAACGCUCGAGAAACGACCUAGACAAAUCCGCCACAGAGGACCCCAAACAAAAAAAGGGUGAAGCACCAUCUGGAUCCGAGAGAGCGCGCCCAACAGUCCACAAACAGCGCGCCUCAGAAAAACGUGUCUGGACAACAAAACCCACCCAUGAGGAAAACAGCUGGUAUCAGCUACAGUGAUAUGGCCAAAAGCGUGAAGGUCGGGAUAAUACCCAAAGACUUUCCCACCGUCCAACUCACUACAGCCCAGCUAGAUCUUCUACAAGAAGCACUCCUGCUCAGAGUAGUUCAACAACGAAACGAGCCAAUAAAACCCAAAUUCAACAACCUCAUCUACAAGUCCGGUUACAUGGUUCUAAUCUGUAAGGAUCAAGAGACUGCUGAGUGGUUAAAGAGAAUAUCCCCAUCCAUGAAACCCUGGGAAGGUGCAGAGCUGAUGGCAAUGGACGAAGUGGCGAUUCCACGUCCAGAGAUGAUCCGAGUAUUCUUCCCACAAAGCUCUAGCUAUGACGACGACCGAAUAAAGGCUCUCAUAGAAAGCCAAAAUGACAUCACAACAACUAAUUGGCGUAUUGUGAAACGAUCCAUUCUGAAAGACAUUCAUGUCGAAUGGAUCUUCACAGUAGAGGGUGCGUCGAUGGAAAAGUUGAAGAAGUCCAAAUACACCCUCAACUACCGAUUUGGUGAAAUCCAACUAAGGAAGAUUACAGAUCAACCGACUGCCGAUACCGCCAAUCCGACUGGAAGGCCGACCCAAGAGCAAUCUGAGGAGGCCUCCUGUUCGGGCAAGGUUAGUAAAUCUCACCCCAAAAGCACCAUAAAGGCUAGUCAGUCCGCCUCUAAAGGAAAAGCUCGAAGCUUACAUGCGACUCCCUGCUCUAGUGGUACCAAACCAAAGGUAUCUAAACAGGGCAAAGGGAGUGCAAAAAGCGACAGUUUGACCACAGAGGCGAAACUGGCGGGCCAGGUCGCUACAGGGAAGAGAAACAACUCAAACUGUAACACCAACCCGAGCAGAAGGGCAUACCUUACAAAUACCAUGCGAAGAGCAACAUGUGCUCUAAUACCUAAAAUUGUUAUUGCUGCGGUAUUCUACGAAAUGUUAAGAGAACAUCACAAUAACAGCUGGAGUUAUUUGAGCAGAGUUUGGUAUUGAUGUAGUAUUUGUUGGUUUAGCAGUGAAAAUGACCGAAGAACAAGAUUGGUUAUUACAUCAUGAAGUCAUCGAACAAAUGAAACAUUUAAUAACAAGAAAUGUUAUUAGUUUGUAAUUCAAUAACUUUGAGAUAACAAAUACAGCACUUGAAAUUUAAGGUAUGCAUUCAUUAUUGAAAUAACAAUACUUGUUAUUUCCUAGGUGUUAUUUAUACAAAAUUUUGGUAUUCGUUUUUGUUAUUUUGCCUCUUAUUACCACCUAAUAAAGGGCAUAUCAAGGUAUGGUAGUAUUUAAGAUAAAUACCUUGGUAUGUUAUUCACUUGUUAUUUUCUUCUGCUCGGGAAACGACACCCUGAUGAUCCGCAACAUCCAAAGCCGGAUAGUCGUCGUCCGGAAAAAAGCGGUAACCCCGGAAAUGGCGACUAAAGUUCUGCAAGUGAACCUCCACCAUGCUGAGAGCGCCACGGGUGUGCUCUGUCGGAGGUUCACCAAAGAGAAUCUAACCGUGGCCCUCAUUCAAGAGUCAUGGGUCAAUAAAUCCAGAAUACAAGGUAUUCCACAACACUCAUGUAAGUUGGUAUAUGAUGACCAGGGAUGCCAUAUGUACAGAUUUAUCUGUAUUAUACAGAUUUUUGAACAUCUAUACAGAUGGCGUUUAUAUGAAAUACAGAUUUUACAUUUGUAUAGGAUACAGAUUUUCCACCCAAAUUUUGUAUGGGAUACAGAUUUUUGAGCGAGUGAUACAGAAAAUCAUCUGGCAUCGCUGAUGAUGACAGCCAGCUUUCUCUUAGAGCGGCUAUUUUAUUACAUAACAACUGUAAAUACUUUCCAAUUUCAGAAUUCAUAAAAAGGGACAUCGUAGCUGUCAGGAUGGAGGUACCUUCCGCUAGAGGGAGUAGAGAGAUCUUGAUGGUCUCGGCAUAGUUCCCAGGUGACGUGGACGAAAUCCCUCCUCCAGAAAUAGCUGCGCUCGUAGCCUACAGCCACCGACACAACAUCCCCUUCGUCAUAGGGUGUGACGCAAAUGCACAUCACACCGUAUGGGGAAGUACAAAUAUAAACACCAGAGGUGAGUACCUGUUACAGUUUCUCUCUUCCAAGAACAUUGACAUUUGUAAUGUUGGUGACAAGCCCACGUUUGAAAACCUCAUUCGUCAGGAAGUUUUGGACUUGACUCUAUGUAGUCGGUCUAUCUCUGAUAAAAUAAAAAACUGGCAUGUUUCUGAAGAAAUAUCAAUGUCAGACCACAAACACAUCAUCUUCGAAUGGGAAGGGGGUCUAACGAUAGAAAAAACGUUUAAAGAUCCUAAGAAAACUGAUUGGGAAUCCUACUCAGCUAUCCUACAAUCUGAAGAGUACAUCAUAGAAAGUCACAUCAAGUCCAUUACACAAUUGGAAGAUGCGUCCAAAUCCAUUAAAAACAAAAUCCUUAAUGCCUACCAAGAGAGCUGUCCAACUAAAUAAAUUAGUUCGAGCAGAGACGUUCCAUGGUGGAAUAAAACUCUUGAGAAGCUUAGGAAAACUGCGCGUAGGGAAUUCAAUCGUGCCAAGCGAACCGGCGAUUGGAGCCUAUACAGAAAGGCCCUGACGAACUACAACAAAGAAAUAAGGUCAGCCAAACGGAAAUCGUGGAUUCUAAUGUGUGAAAGCAUAGAGAAUACACCCGUAGUGGCCAGACUACAAAAAAACUCUUUCAAAAGACCACUCCAAUGGUGUGGGUAGCCUCCGAAAGACGGAUGGGUUGAGAGGGCUGUGAGAUCUUUCGAGCCAUUUAAGUCUCCUGGCAUGGAUGGAAUAUUCCCAGCGUUGAUCCAAAAAGAGGAGAAAACACUGGUUCCACCCUUGGUUGAGAUUUUUAGGGCGAGUCUGAUUUUGGGGCAUAUACCCAACGAUUGGCGUCAAAUCCGGGCUGUCUUCAUUCCGAAGGCAGGAAAGAGGGAUAAAACCAACCCCAAAGCAUUCAGGCCGAUAAGUUUAUCCUCUGUAAUGCUCAAAAUUAUGGAAAAGGUAUCAGGUAUCAGAAGGCCGGCUCCAGAGGCACGUUAUCCUCCAUUUGGGACAUUUGUGCCAUCGCCAAAAUAACAGCCUAUUUCAUCAUCUACCUGAGGGAAAAGGAAGGAAAAAGGAUUUGGAUGGGGAUAGGGACAGGUAGGGAAAUAGGAAAAAUACCCUGGAAGAGGGUACUAACGCACAAGCGUACCACAAUGGGUUCAAACAGCGCCCUGAAAAGGGCACUGUAAUAACGCAUAAAGCGAAAGAGAGCCUAUAGCUCUUUACCACAGCGGGUUAAGAACAACAGAAUAUCCUGAAGAUUCAGGUUUCUGAAGUCAGUUUCACUUAAUAAGUGUUUACCGAAUACUCGGAAACGCAGUUGCGCGAAAACUGGACAGUUACAUAUCAAAUGAUACGAAGUUCCAUAAUCGGAUUCACAGCUAUCACAGGCAAAUGAAUCAGCUUGCUGAAAAUUCGCCAUGUGAUAGCUGAAUCGGCAGUGGCCAGUCAAUGCUUUGACCAGCAUGCUGCAAUUCUGCUUAGACAGAUUAGUUAGAUACUUCGCCACCCGUAGAGAUGGCUCAGCACUAUACAAUUUGGUUUGACGACAUGACUCCAAACUAUUCCAAUAUUGUCUGUGUUGAGUGACAGCCCAGGUGUGAAUCUGAAGCUUAAUCCAACACUUCGAUAUCGGAAUAGCUGGCUCAGGGCCAAUGAAGUCAUGUGAUGCUCCAGAGCGAGCUAACUCAUCAGCCAAUUCAUUUCCAGCGAUGGAAGAAUGACCAGGUACCCAUAGAAGGUAAACAGCGUUUGCUGAAUUCAGCUCCUCGAUUUGAGUUCGACAAGCGAUAACUAUCUUCGACCUGGAGUUGGCCGAAGCAAGUGCUUUAAUAGCAGCCUGGCUAUCUGAACAGAAGUAUAUUACUUUGCCCAUUACGUGCUGCUGAAGUGCUGAUUGCACUCCGCACAUAAGAGCAAAGAUUUCGGCCUGAAAAACGGUACAGUGUCUACCAAGUGAAUAAGACUGAUACAGCCUUAGCUCACGAGAAUAAACACCAGCACCUGCUCGACCUUCGAGAAGGGAGCCAUCAGUGUAACAUACGAUGCCGUCUGAAAUACUUCUUUCCAGAUAACCAGAUGUCCACUCUUCCCGGGAAGGGAAUUUCGUGGAAAAUGUCCUAUAUGGAAAAUUACAAGCAAUUAUAAGAUCACUUGGAGCAAGGACAAUUUUGUCCCAAUUCACCAAAAGUGGAAACAACGAGGUGUGUGUUGAACUGCGGUUCACAGGAGUUUCCUCUAGUAGACCGAGUACCCGUAACCGGUAAGUGCAAGAAAGAGCUUCUUGUUUGAGAUGAAUGUGUAGUGGGGCAACGUCAAAGAGAACUUCUAGCGCUGCCGUAGGAGUUGAAGAGAACGCUCCAGACAUCGCCAUUAAGCACAUCCUUUGGAGAUGGCCUAAUUUUGAUUGGACCGUUCUCACUUCACCCUUUUGCCACCACACAAGACAUCCAUAAGCCAAUAUUGGCCGAACCACAGUUGUGUAAAUCCAUUUGAUAUACUUGGGUUUUAGACCCCAAGUUGUUCCAAAAGUACGCCGACAUUGCCCGAAGGCCAUACAAGCUUUCUUGAUUCUGAACUCAAUGUGAGGUGUCCAGGAAAGCUUGGAAUCAAGAAUGACUCCAACGUACUUCACCUGUUCAGUCACAUCGAUUUCAGAAUCAAAAAGACGCAAAGGUCGAACGCCAUUACGGUUUCGCCUUUCCGUGAAAAGAACAAUAGAUGUUUUACUCGGAUUAACCGAAAGGCCAUAUUGGCGACACCAACCCUCAACUACCUGAAGGGCGUUUUGCAUCAGGUCGAAAAGGGUGCUGAUGCACAUACCAACUAACAAUGUUAGGUAGUCGUCGGCAAAACCAUAAGUAGGAAAACCGCUAUUAUUGAGUUGCCUCAAUAGCGUAUCUGCUACGAGAUUCCACAAAAGCGGUGAUAAGACUCCCCCUUGGGGGCAUCCACAAACACUCAAUUUCCUAAUCCCUGCUAGACGCAAUGUCGAGAAGAGAUAUCGGUUUUUGAGCAUUUGGUGAAUCCAAUUGGAAAUCAUUGGAGAUAUACCAUGACUCCGUGCGGCUUCCAAUAUGGCAUCGAAAGGCACGUUGUCAAAGGCACCCUCGAUAUCUAAGAAAACACCCAAACAAGAUUGCUUUUGAGCGAAUGCUUUCUCGAUAUCGUAAACAACCUUGUGUAAAAGAGUCACAGUGGACUUACCAGAUUGGUAGGCAUGUUGGUUCACAUGAAGAGGCACGUUGGCCAGAUGAACAUCACGGAUAUGAUGAUCCACAAUGCGUUCUAAGCAUUUCAGAAGAAAAGAGGUCAAACUGAUAGGUCUGAAACUCUUUGCUUCUUCAUACGACGCACGACCCACUUUCGGAAUAAACUUUACAGUAAUAUCCCUCCAGGAUUUGGGAAUAUACCCUGUAGCAAAACUGCAAACAAGUAGUUUUUUCAAAACAUGUUUGAAAUAAUCAAAUCCCUUCUGAAGCAAAAUAGGAUAAAUCCCAUCUGCCCCAGGAGAUUUGAAAGGAGCAAAGCUAUUAAGAGCCCACUCAAUCGAUUCUAUAGUUACAAUAUUCCGAGCCGAAGCUAAAGAAUCAUAACUACAAGAAAAGACAUCAGGAUCAUCCGAAGAUGUAAUAUCCACACAUCCAGGGAAGUGUGUGCUGAAUAAGCAUUCCAGAACUUCCUCAUCAGAGGAAGUCAGAUCGCCAUUUGGCAAACGAAGUUCGUUCACCCGGAAAUCCUUAGAUUUCGCAAGGAUUUUGUUUAACCGGCUGACUUCACUCAAGCUGGAAACAUUUGUACAAAGGUUUUUCCAGCCGGAUCGUUCAGCAGACCGGAGAGCUUUCCUGUAGGCCUUGCGAGCCGACCUGAAAGCCUCCGAACCAGCCAAACGUCGUCUGUUCCAACUCUUUCUACAUUGUUUCCUGAGUUUCGCCAGAUCAGAGUUCCACCAAGGGGUUCCUCUUGUGAUCUUCACAGACCGUAGAGGGCAUGCUUCUUCAAAAGCUUCCAUGAUGAAGGUCGUUGUAGUAUCAACGGCAUCAUCUAAAUCACUUGGAGUGUCAAUGGAUGGUGAAUAUCCAUGAAAUUUGGCUGCAACCAAAUCAGUAUAAAGAUCCCAGUUUGUUGACCGAGGAUUCCUGAAACGCAAUGUUUGCGAAGUAACAUUUAAAUGUUCAAAAAAGAUAUAGCGAUGGUCAGAUAAAGAUUCUUCAUCUGACACAUGCCAAUUGGUCAGCUCGUGACUAAUUCUGCUAGAGCAAAGCGUUAUAUCUAACACUUCCUCUCUAGCAGAUACCAUGAAGGUUGGGCGGUUGCCUAUGUUAAGUAAUGCAAGAUCUGUACUACUCAAGUACUCCAUCAAACUGAAGCCUCUCAAGUUAAUGUCUGAGCUGCCCCAGAUGAUAUGGUGAGCAUUAGCAUCACUGCCAACAAUUAGCGGAAGGCCUUUUGAAGUGCAGUAUGCGAUGACUUGUUUGAAAGCAUCCGUAGGGGAUGGUUCAUCAUGUGGUAAAUACACAGAACAAUAGACGUAUUUCCUGUUGAGGUUUCCAACAGAUACAUCAAUUGUGAUAGCACAUACAUCUCUGGUGGUUAGUUCAGAGAUGAGUGUAGCAACGAUUGCGUUGUUGACAAGCACACAGGCUCGAGGCAUGACACGCGAGUUUGCCAUUUCAUGUUUACUGAAAGUGGCAAACACCGGGUUCACAAGGUUUCCUAGAUAGAAAUUUCCCUUACGAAAGUAAGGUUCUUGUACCAAGGCCACUUGGGCUGUACCAUUUUGCAUAAGUCUGCAAAGAUUGAUUGUUGCUGUUCUUUUAUGCUGAAGAUUGAUCUGAGCUAUCCUAACCGUAGCCACUACCCAAACUAGGUAAGAUUAAACUCUUCGCAACAGCAGCACAACAAAGAACAGCAACAAUAAAACCAAAUCGGUAUCGAUUGGAAAACGCCAAAGGCGAGGAUACACAGAAUACACUGUGUAAAUCGCAUAAUGCGAAACCAUAUAGGUGAAAAUUUAAACUAAUUAACAACAUCUUCAUAAUCCCGCCCUUAUUUAGCCUCAAGUGAGACUAAAGAAGGGCAGCUGAUUGUCUCGGAGAAACACAAGGUCCACUGCACCAUUGCUCCGGUUAGCGCAGUAAGGGCUACAUACUGUGGAGGGCGCCCUGGUACUCCACAGGCUCCGUUAGCGGUUAGGUUUUUAUUAGACCCCCCUAGCCAUUCAUUCCUAGGCACGGUAAGCAUAAAGCCGCAUCACACCAUGAAUUAGGGGUCACCUGUUGGUGGAAUCUUACCACCGGAACAGGCGGUCCGUAGUGUUAUUCUUAGCCAAUUGAGACAAUCGCUACCGACACUACACAGCUAUCUAGGCUGAUCGAGAAAAGAAGUUAAUAUUGAUGAUCAACUUCAUACGGAUUCGAACAGCCGAUAAGUUUAUCCUCUGUAAUGCUCAAAAUUAUGGAAAAGGUACUAUGCGAGUACAUAAAUCACAAAUUUAUGAAAGCAAUGCCUUUGUCAAAAAACCAAUUCGCUUAUCAAAGUGGAAAAUCUACGAUCUCGGCACUACGUACGGUAGUUCAAAAGAUCGAAAAAACAUUCAAUGCAAGAGAAAUUGCUCUUGUAGCAUUUCUUGAUAUUGAGGGCGCAUUCGAUAACGCUUCUUAUUCGUCUAUAGGGUCAGCAAUGUUGAGGAGAAAAUUCGACCCAUGCAUUGUUACCUGGGUACAUGCUAUGCUAGCUAAUCGAAAAAUCUCCUCUGAGCUUAGCGGUUCAUACAUUACUGUUAAAGCAACAAGGGGAUGUCCGCAAGGCGGAGUGCUUUCUCCUUUGUUGUGGUCACUGGUGGUGGAUGAGCUUCUAGACAGCUUAGAGAGAAGAGGCUUCGAAGUGGUUGGAUAUGCUGAUGACGUUGUCAUUAUUGUACGAGGCAAAUUCGAAAGUGUUAUCGUGGAAAGAAUGCAAUCUGCCCUAAAUCACACUUUUUCCUGGUGUCAUAAGGAACAACUAUACAUAAAUCCUACAAAAACUUCCAUUAUCCCUUUCACCAAACGGAGGAAGGUCCAACUGAAACCCCUUUUCUUGAAUCAUACACAACUAGUUUAUUCAAGCGAAUUAAAAUAUCUAGGUGUCAUACUCGACGCAAAACUGAAUUGGAACUCUCAUCUCCAAUCAGUUGUGCAGAAAGGUCUCAAUACACUUUGGGUUUGUUCAAAAACCCUGGGUAAAAGAUGGGGCCUAAAACCAAGUAUGAUCAUGUGGAUAUAUAAAACCAUUGUUCGUCCCAGGACUACUUACGCUUCCCUUGUCUGGUGGCCUAAAACUAAUGAGGCUGCUGCAAGGGCGAAGCUCAACAAAAUCCAACGCACCGCUUGCAUAGCGAUCACUGGUGCAGUUCGUAGUACACCCACUUUGGCCCUAAACGCAAUGCUUCACCUGCCCCGGUUAGAGCAAUUCAUAAAGCUGGAAGCGGAAAAAAGUGCUCUAAGGUUAAAGAGAACAAAAACGCUGCUGUCGGGAGACCUUACGGGUCACCUCAGCAUAUUAAAUGAAUUUGCCAUAAAUCCCGCAAUAGGAAUUUGUAGUGACUGGAUGGAAACGGUAGUCAAUUAUGACUUACCUUACGAUGUGCUCAUUCCUUCCCGCCAGGAGUGGGAAGGAGGUGGACCCAGCGUUCCAACUGGCUGUAUAAAUUUCUUCACAGAUGGUUCGAAAAUGAAUAAUCUGACAGGCUCCGGAAUCUACGGCCCUAGAACAAAAAUCUCUGUCCACUUAGGACAGUGGCCCACAGUAUUUCAGGCGGAAAUAUAUGCAAUAUUAGAAUGCGUGUUAUUAUACCUGAGGAGAAAGUAUAGGUUUGCAAAAAUAUGUAUUUUCUCUGACAGCCAAGCGGCACUUAAGUCGCUUAAUAACUACACUUGUAACUCAAAGCUAGUGUGGGAAUGCAUUCUGGCUUUGAAAAACUUAUCCAUACGCAAUCGAGUCUACCUAUAUUGGAUCCCAGGACAUACGGGUCUAGAGGGAAACGAGAUUGCUGAUGAGCUAGCCAGAAAUGGAUCUAAUGAAAGGUUCAUUGGCCCUGAGCCCUUCUGCGGGAUCUCAGACUGCUCUGUAAAAAUGGAACUGAACAAAUAUAUGGUCAGUCAAAUCACAUCAAACUGGAAUGCACUUCCCCAUACGAGCCAAUCUAAAAGGCUCGUAACGAUAAACCCCAAGAAAACCCAACAACUAUUAGGUCUCAACAAAAGGGAUCUCAACAUCUACACCGGUCUAAUAACUGGACACUGCCCCUGCAGAUACCAUCUACAAAAGAUCGGAGCAAUCCAAACCUCAAAUUGCCGCUUCUGUGACGAGGAGAGGGAAACAUCAGAACACAUCCUCUGCUAUUGCAGUGCACUCACUCAACGUAGGUUCAAAGUUCUCAGCAAGCCCUUUUUAGGGCCUGCUGACAUAUGGAUCUUAUCUCCCAAGGACGUGGUUGGCUUCAUAAAGCUAGUCUCGCCAGAAUGGGGGAGUCACAUACUGUAACUCAGGAUCUCUAUUCAUCAAUAAUAGAUGGUCUUGAGUUCAGUCGAUACCAAGGUAUCUCAGUGACAAAUAUGUUACUGAGAUAACUUGCGUACCUCACAGCAAAAGGGUAUAUCACAAUAGUUCUAAAAUCUGGACGCAGUGAUUUUCACCCGACAAACGAGAGA